AUUCUUGCUGCACACAAAAAUCUUUAUCUUUAUUGCUGUUAAUUUGCAUUGCAAAAACAAAACAACCAAGGUUAAAGCUGUCAGCAUCUUGCGCGCGCACACACACACACACACACACACACACACACGUUCUCCCUCUCUCUCUUAAAACGACAUUUUUCUACACUUUAAUGCUCAUAUGCAAGCCACACACACGGUGAAAACAUGAUAUGUGGAUGACUAAAUAUGUAAUCAAAAUUGACAUUUUGACUCGUUUUUAAUAACAAAUAUAUAAAGAUACUUCAAUUUACACGACGCAGACACGCAGACACGCAGACACACACACACACACACACACAAACCUGCACCAAAACCUGCACCAAAACGCACACUAUAGGUGUGAAUAUCUGUGUGUUUCUGGAUAGGGGACAGAGCUGCGUAUUGGCAGAGGAUGUUGUUAGCUGUAUACAGCCAUAAAAGACAAUUACCGCUAUAACCUUUUAUGGGGUGCAAAGCGCUGCGAGGCGAGAAGACACAAAACAAACCCCCCCAAAAAAAGAGGGGUUCGACAGCUGAAACCCAGAAAUAAUGCAACCGAUGUCUGUCAGCUCUUCUCAGUGACACGGCCCCUUCAGCCUAAAGCUAUGAGAGCCACUUCGACUCAACCAGAACUAAGUAUAUGUGAACAAGCCCAUUAUGACAGAGUAUGAUGAAGUGUACAAUUUUAGCUUCAUAUUUAAAAAGAAAAAGAAAAUAUGACAUCAAAUAGACAAUCAAAGGGCUUUUAGAGAAGAGCCAUACAGGUCUAGUCUUAAAUUAUGGCCUCCCCUGCGCAAUGCCGCUUCAAGUCUCUGCAUGUUGGAGGAAAUAUUUGGCACAAAGAGAUGCAACAUAUAUACACUGGCUAUACGAACAGCAGCGAAUGUGGUGUGACCCGCAGCUCAGUCAGACACAGCAGCUCAUUUAGCUCACGCAAAAGGGGCUACACGGACACAGGCUCGUAUACAUUGUUGUAGUUCGAAGGUAAGUCGGACUUUGGCCGAAGCGAAGUGCUGUUGUGACGCGUCGGGAGACGCAGAUGGAAGCCGCACUUCAAAGAACUCGUCCAGAGACAGUGCAAUAAAAACCGCCUGGUCUGCUAUACUGUCUGGCAUUCCACUUUUAAUGGCUUUAUGGCCGUCCAGACACAAUUAGGCCGUUUCCAGAAUGGCACCCAUUUGUUUUUUUUCUUCUCUUUCUGUGGGACUGCGGCCCUGGACAAAAGGCCGGGCGGAAAUGAUCAGCUUUAUUGGAUUCUCCCCGACGGGGACGCGCAAGGACUCAUGGUCAUUUGGGGCGAUCCUUUGUUCCUGUACCUGGGAACCUUCCGCCCUCUGCUCCUCUGCUGGGCCCUGUCCUUAAGGAGAAGGAGCAAUAAAGACAGCAGCUAGAUUCAAACACAGUAAAAAAGAAGAAAACAUUAUAUAGUUACCAGUAUGAAGAUAUAUCUGGGAGACACCAAUGCUUUGUUUAAAAUAACAACUGAUGAAACAUGGUUACCUUUCAUGAUCAUUUCUUUCAUUUCUAUCUCGUAUCACACACACACACACACACACACACACACACACACUUAAACUGACAUUUCUAUACACAUUUAUGCUCAGAUGCAAGCCCACACACAAACAGUGAAAACAUAUUUGGAUACCUGAAUAUGUAAUGCAAAUUCACAUUUUUACUCGUUUUUACAAAUAACACACACACAGACACACACACACCCGCAUCAAAACGCGCUCUAUAAGUGAGAAUAUCUGAUCACAGAGCUUCCUCCCCUUCUUCCCUGCAGUUCCUGCCAGUCACCAGAGAGUGGCGACACUGUUCCACAGCAUCACAACACAGAUUAGUGAGAACGUUGCACUCCCUUAAUGAACCUUCUCCGGGGAACCAACUGUAGUAACAUUUUAAGGGUGUUUUCACACUUAUAAAAAAAACAGUUUCAGAACAGAAGCUGCUUCUCCAGCCCGCGGCUCUGCGGCGAAGAAUGUCCCCGGCAGCUCAAGCUGAGCGCCCGGUCACUGCUGCUGUCCUCACCGCUGGAUGCGUUUACUCUUAUAUAUCUAUAUAUAUAAUUUGUAUUUUUCCAGAAACCGCCAUCGGCUGAUCAAUAAUACUUUUUCAUGCUCACAACCAAUUUGAUGAAUUUAGGUAUUAAUAAUGAAAUGAAAAUGAUAAAACACUCAAUUAUACUGAAAACAAUAAUAGCAAUAACAAUAAUGACGAUGAUGACGAUAACAAUUACACGGGGAGGGGACAACAAUAUUCUUUUAAGUGUCUCAAUUCAAGUGUGGCCGUCACUAUGUUAUCCUGGUUGUGUGUGUGUGUGUGUGUGUGUGCCUGUGCGUGCGCGCGCGUGCGUUUGUAUUGCAGCCAUAAGUUUAGCUAAAUCAUUUCCUAUUUAUUAAGCAGUAUAAGGCAACACGAUAGUAUUUUUGACAUAUAACGCGGCAAAGGGCGAUAGUAUUAUUAGUAUUACAUUUGCUUGUUUCAAGUAUUUAUAUUGGCCUGCUGCAACAUUUUUUACCUUAACAAUCGGUUUGUGCAAAAAACAUUCUAAACUUCAUGAACGGCAUAUUUCUGUACAGCAUGGACAAUUUGCGCUAUUGUAACUUGAAAAUGUAGACAUGUAUUCAAAAUACUGUUACACGAAUUGUUUUUUUUAUGUUUUCGAACAGGCGGAGAAACCAACAAAAUCUUUAAUGGUAAAUUUCAACUUUAUUAAUUUUAUUUAUGAAUAUAACAAUUGGGACAAUUUAUUGUCUCGUGUGCUGCCGUGGCCUAGAUAAUCAUUAUUAGGUAAAAAGUACAUUCCACAAAGCUACAGCAAAUUCAAAGGACAAGGCUUUGAAAUGAUUCUUUGAUUUUAAUUGUGCAGCAAACAAAGAGACGUGAUAUGAAAACCGUGACCUCAAAUUAUGCAAAACCACCGUCCGAUCAGUGGGAUUGUGAGAAUAUUCUCCCCGAGUGUGUUUACUUGUGAAGCGUUAAUCCCACUCUGCAGUCCUGCGCCAUAAUGGAUUCCAUGUCUGCCCGCCGAUUGGCCGAGAGCGGCCGGGCCCGAGUCACGUGGCGAGUUCUUUUGGUCCAGAGCAAAAAAUGGGGUUUGGUGUAAAUCUAGUGUGUAUUGCUGUCAUAUAUCACACUACCUCGUAAAAACGACACUGAGGAUUCUGGGCCAACAAAUCAGGGAGGAAAAAAAAAAGAUAUGAGUUCUUAUUAUGUGGAUGGUCUUCUUAGCACAUAUACGGCGGCUGGUGCUCUGUUUCCGAACGCAGAGCGGGCUUCUUGUCGCAUUGGAUCCAGUGGAGAAGAUGGCUCGGCUCGCAGCGCUGCGGCCAUCGCGUUCGCGCCGUCUCUGUCCGGGGUUUACAGCGUCAACAAUGCAGUGUAUCAGAGCCACCCCGUGUUCGCCUCGGGCUACGGCCAGGUGCACGACGCGCACACACUGCACCGCAGCCCGUUUGACCAGAGCCGCCUGUUCGCCGACAACUGCUGCCACGCGGGGCCGGGACCCCUCACCUCGCCGUCGGACAAACAAUACCGGACGUACCCCUGGAUGAGAGCGUCAGACCCAAACAGAAAGCGGGGGCGUCAGACCUACUCCCGGUACCAGACCCUGGAGCUGGAGAAGGAGUUCCACUUCAACCGGUACCUGACCCGGAGGAGGAGGGUCGAGAUAGCCCACGCCCUCUGCCUCUCCGAGAGGCAGAUCAAAAUCUGGUUCCAGAACCGCAGGAUGAAGUGGAAGAAAGACAACAAGGGCGAACCCGGGCCGGGCCCCGCGGCGAACGACUGCGACAUCCAGGCGGUGAUGUGCGAGGCCCGUGGCCCCAAAACCGAAGACGCCGGGAGCCCCGGGCCGGAGCCAGACGCCGCUGCGGAGUAACGACAGGGACAGACCAUAGAAUGAGAGCGUGAAUGAAAGAAACACACUGUUGAGUAUGAGUUUAGGGCCAGAACAGAGACUCCAUUCAUGCGCCGCCGCUUCCUACAGCCUGGUGACUUGAAUGACAGCUGAGGGGCAAUUAUAUAAUGAGCAUUCAACAGUAGACUGUAUAAGAUCUGCAUUUCAUAUUUACACCCGAAAUGCUAAAAAAAACAAAACAAAACGCUCCGCAUGAAAAGGCGACAUUAACUACCUAUUCCGAACUCUAUUUUUCUACAUGCAAUAUGUGAAUGAUUAUACUACUGAAUCGACAUUCCUUCAAGCAAAAACUACCCAGUUUUUACGAAUAUACAAAAAAACCCCAAAAAACCGGCGUGGCAAAUUCAUGUAUUUUAAGUAUUUCCCCCCCUCCUCCACUGACAAGUUGUAUUUCUAAAGGGAACGGACACAAUAUUCAACGUAAAUGUGCCUUACUUUGACUAUAGAAGUAUAAUUAAAAGUGAGUGUUAGUUCAACGCCUCCAACAGUAACCCAGGCGCUUCUGUAGGUCUAGUAUUUGUAUUGCUGUAUUAUUAUUAUUAUUAUUAUUAUUAUUUUAUGACCACUUGUAUUCAUUAGAAUAGAGCAAUAUGCUUGUUAAUAUUGUGGGUCACCAGAAGGAGCAGAGAUGAUGUGUUUUAGUACUCGGUUGACCCUUAGCGUGUAUGUAACCUACCUCAUAUUCCCACAUGCUUAUUUCUGUAAACAGGAAAACACAGAACGUAAAUGUUUUAGAGUCUUGCCUGUGUAUACUGUGAAAGUGUUAGCACUCUAGCGUUCGGCCCCCUAUUUCGUGUUUCGGGGUAUUCGCAGGCCCCCCAAAAAUACCUACAUUUUUUGUGAACGCUAAUAACUGAAUAAAUGCAACCCCUUUUUUUUUGGCAGCA